CAUAGUUCGUGUUUUGAAGCACUUGAAAGCUUGUAGUAUUGGUGCGAUGAUCCUGGCUCGGUUUGAUUUUUAUGCACUCGUACUAGUAACAUACACCAUGUUACUUAACUAUACUGAUGGUCAAGCGAGUUCGAGAGAUGCUUCCUGUAGUCAAACUUUCAGCGGAAAAGAAACUGGUCAACUGCUCAGCCCAGGUUAUCCACAAGCGACUAAAGCUUCUGAAUUCUGCAAUUAUGCCAUCCAACUACCGUCUAAUAGUCAAGUCAACCUAACAUUCACUAAAGCUGAAUUUGAGAAAUGGUACGAUAUUCUAAUCGACUACAUCUUGCUAUUUGACGGUGCGGACUGCAUGUCCAAGAGAAUUGCUGCGGUGGUUAACAAUAGCGCCCCAACCUACAAUUCCAGUGGCAAUAGCAUGGUUGCGCUCUUCAUCUCAGAUGCCACCACUCAAACUGGCCCAUUUGCCGCCACAUUUUCAACAGUGAGCAACGUAGAGCCAACAAAACCGGCUCCGCCUUUUCCGGAAAAUAAAAUAUUGAUGCAAUGUGGAGAAGAGAUAAAAGGAGAGUCUGGAAAUCUGUCGUAUCAAGGAGAAAAAGGACGUAACUAUUUAUGCAUCUGGAGGAUAGCGGUCGAAUCUGGCAAAACGAUUGCUUUUAAUCUGACAAAGUUUUCCAUAUUCUUCCCAGGUAAUUGGAUACGUAUUUUGGAUGGAAGCGAUUGUGGUGCACCGGUCGUCUAUUUCGGAAACCCAUAUUCAGAAAUCCGUCCAGUAUCACUAAAUUCUACCUCAAAUACUAUGAUGGUCAUAUAUGCUGCAGUAAUUGGGAACACGACAGAAAUGUUUGAGGCCACUUAUCACAGCGGUAAGUUCUGA